CGAUGCAAUAUGCUGCAUGAAGUUGCAUGACUAAUACACGCAGGGACGUACCACCCUACUAGAGAGCGACGGCAGCGACAGCGCGCAUGCGCCACUCGCUCGGAGUGAGCCUGCGCAAAGUGGUGACGCAGAACAGAAGUUGUCGCUGCCGCAGGGGAGGCUCAGGUUGUUGUUGGUGUUUCGGCAGCUUCGGGCAGCGGGGGAACCGAGCAGACAUCGGAGAAAGGGGCGGCAGCGCGGGUACAGCUAGCGCUCACCUCACCUACACCGCGGGAGAGUCGGCGGAUCGGAUCCGGUCUUGAGGAGACUUCGUGGGUCCCUCUGAAACCGGCGGCCACUCGGGUUCUUUAUUGCCUGGUAUAAUGGUUCGCUCGAGGUCAAGAUCCCCAAGAUGGAAGCAUAGGUCAAUCUCGCCAGUCUAUGGAAGAAGCCAAGAAUACCAUGUUGAGAGGCCUUUGUAUCAGUCACAUAAUAGUGAAUCAAGAGGAUUCAGUCAAAGCUCAGGAAGACCUACACAGUGGAGGGGACAACAGGAUAAAUGGAACGAAACAGGCAGUGUAGAAUCAAGAUCAGGAGAUGCACAAUAUGGUAACGUUCAUCAUAAGGUUUUUGAAUAUAGACAGCUUUCCCCAAUUGCAAGAAGAGUGGGAUCUGAACAUACAGUGGGGAGAAACUUUUACCCACAAGAAAGAGAAGGAAAUCGAUCUCAUACACUCCUUUCAAGAUCUGUUGAAGAAAAUCCAUACCAUGAUCACGAUGAGAGGCAUCAUGACAGCAGUGACUGGCACCAUGAAUGGCACCAUAGCCAUAGUGAUCGCCACCAUGGUCACAGUGAACGGCACCAUGAUGAUGAUGAUGAAUGGCGUAAUGACCAUGACGACCGGCAUUAUCAUCAGAAUGCAGAAAUCUUGACUCAUUACAAAUCGUCUGAUGAAAAAUCCAAGGCUGUUAGAGGUGAUCCACAAACAAAUUCUUAUGAUCGACCAGGUACUACCUCUUAUGGCUGUGCAGAAAAGUGGCGUGACUCUGAAGGCUUUAGAAGUCAUGGUUUACAUGAGGAAAGGCACUCAGGUUCUUUACGUUUUCCUGGAAGACGGUCUGAAGAGUUUCUGGAAAGGAACUCCUACCAGAAGAGGUAUCCUGAGGAUGAUGAUGUCAAAGGGUACAGAGAAGCAUCUGGAAGAAGCUGGGUGCCAGGAAAGCAUGAGGCAGUAGAUCAUGAACGAGAUUUAAAAUGGAGAGGGGAAAAGUUGCCUCAUUAUAGAAAAACCUACACUUCUGCAUUAUACAAUGACUCUGAAAAUGUGCGUAUUAAAGAUGAAUCAAGAGCCUGGUAUAGUGACAGUGAUCGCUUUGAAGAGUGUAUGCAGGUAAAGAGUGGGUUUGCACAUUCGCAAAAAUAUCCUGAAAUGCACUCAUCUUCUGAGCAUCACCAGGGCUUUUCUGGUGAAAGACAGCAAAGAUACUCAAGUAAAGAUAAAGAAUAUACGACUGGCUCCUCAAGUACAAAAGAGGUGAGUCGUUUUCACAGUAGUAGCAGGAGGUCAGGUACUGAUGUGAACAAAGCAGAGGGUCACCACUCUGUGUCGAGCAAAUAUCCAGUUCCUGAGCAUUACUCUGACAGGUUUCCACGUGCAGGCAAGAAAGAAGUGAGCCCAAGAUAUACAACCUCAGCCACCAGGGGGCGAGUGGAAAGAGGAAAGGAGUUCAGAAAUCGUUCCGAUUUUUCUAAGGACCAGCGUGAUGAUGCUCCUAAGCGAUCAAACCAUAGAUCUUAUCACAUGGCAACUUCACGUUGUGCUACUAAUAAUGAACGAGACAAUACAACUGAGUCCUUGACCAUCAAGUUAGACAUGAAGAAGACUGUGAACAAAUGCAGGCCUACAUCAAGCCAUGCUUCAGAGAGACUAAUGUCUCGGGAUUUGGUUAGUGUUGGCAAGAAACGAGAUGAGUUCCAUCAUGUGUUUGAGCAUAUGGGUUCAUCAUUGAAGGCUAACCCGAAUAUCUCUUCAGGAGAAUUUGCCCAGGAGAUAAUCACUUUGGUGCACCAAAUUAAAGAAGAUCAUUUUAAGUCUUCUGUUCUAACUUUGCAUGACCGCUUCUCAAAGUUACAAAAUGCACAAAGUCCACAAAAAGAGGGGAAACACCUGGGUCCUGAGAUUCACAGACGGAUUGACAUGUCAUUGGCAGACUUGCACAACCGAGAAAGGAAACCUGUUGGAAGAAAGACAAGCACAUGGGUUGCAGUAAAUCCAGAUGAUCUUCGUCAUGACAUAGAGAGGAGGAGGAAGGAAAGGUUACGUGACAAGUAUGAGGAGUCCUUUCAAACUGUGGAGAACAAGUUGCUUUCUCACAGAUCUGAGAGGAAUGUAAAGUCUCGUUCAUCCACUCGAGUGAAAACAUCAAGAAAUCCACACUUUAAGGAGCCAACAACUGGGCUUGUGGAGCAUCGAGUGAGAGUACCAAAAAAACCCAUCACGAAUUUUUCAAAAGAGUAUACAUCAUCUGGGCGAAAGAAGAAUUUCAGUAUUGAGUCGAAAUAUCGGCGUCUAUAUGGUGUUGGUUUUGGACGUACUAAUCCAAGGAUAUUCACCAAACACUUCAGGGAAGGAAUAGUGAGGAAAAGGAGAGAUGAAAGAGAAUUACCCAGCAGUACCACGGACAAAUAAUUAACCUGGAAGAGUUCAGCUCUUAACUGUUCAUAAAGAAAAUCUCCAGAGGACAACUUUAGUUGGAAUAAAUCUAAAUGCCUGUUGCAGACUGCUGUAAAUCCUACUAUUUGUUCACCUUAUUUCACUGUAGUUAGUGAUACAUAAAACACUUUUUUUUAAAGCACCCUGAGUACUCUGGACAUUAGUGAAAAUAGUGUAGUGACAGUGUGAGUUAAUAUAAGAGCACUGUUCUCUGAAUGCUUUUUUUUAACCUUUGCUGCAGUUUCCUACAUGGUCUUCCCAUGAAUAAAUUAGUGUGAGCUGCACAUCGUUUAAAAACUAUGAAUAUUGUGAUUUAAUUACCAAUUUAUUCAAAUAUUAUCAAUGAUGUACCAAGGAUUGAAAGCAGCUACAUUAUGUUUGGAACACUAGGGUUGAUCAACAAUUGAUGAAAUAGGGGGUGGGGUUGGGGGAGAUAUUUGAAAAUUAAAUGUGGAUUUGUUUGUGUACUUUCCCCUUGGCUACGGAGGACUGAACAGAAAAUACUUGUUGCUUAUUGAUGUAGUCUCUGAAUAAAAGUGUUUUUGUUAUAUCAAACUUUAUGUCUGGUUAUGCUCCCAUGAUUGUUCUUUUCAUUUGAUCAUGCAGUUAUGCAUGUGCAAAUAAACUAUGUAAAUAUUUGGGUAAGACAUAUUGUUGCUUGUACUUUGUAGCUCUGUUUUAUUCAAAUGGGAAUUGUUCUCCAAUGUGCUAUUAUGUGUAGGAUUAGCAGAGAAUUCAAUCAAGAAUUUGGAUGAAAUUGGAGGCUCAAAAAAGUGAUAGAAACAAGAAGACCACCAAUCCAGCGAAGACAUGGUACAUUGCAACAAAUAUUGUAAAAGGCCAAGUCAUUCAGGCUAAUGCAAAAAAACAAAGAAUAGAGACAAAUGGGAAUUGUUUUGCCCUUGGAUCUGAUCUUUCACUCGUAUCAAGUUGAUCAUUAGUCCCUUAUAUUGUCAUAAAAUUAGUUGGGGUGGAAUGAGGAAUAUUUAAGAAAAAAAACUUGUAGAUCUUUGUGAUUUUAAGUUCUUGUGCCCAUUCUCAGAUUGGUUCUGAUCAAUUUGGAUACCAGUGUUAAAACUUCACAUGAUUUGUAGUUGGCAACAAGUUUAGUAAUGAGAGUCAAUUGGAAGAAUUUGUUCAUGUUAAAAUUGCAUUUGUUCCUCAACGGACUAAAACAUCAGUGACUAGUUAAAAAACACCUUUUUUUUAAUUUGGCUAUCUAAACAACCCUCAAUUGUCAUAUAACUUGAAUGUUCUGAACUUGCUGUUUUGUGCUUGGAAGAAUCACACAUUUUAUUUCCCUUGGAACUUAUGCAGUCUGAACUGAUUGAACACCUGUUUUAUGAACUUCAUCAGGUUUUGUUAGUUAGCAUUAAUUUUAAUUGCCAAGUGUUGUCCAAGUAACCAUUGUGGCUAUUUGUGGAACCUUUUCAGAGGUCUGGAGAUUGGGACCUUUUCAGAGAUGUUCUUGACCUUUCAUCCAUAGCUGACCUUUUUUGAAAAUAAAACAUUGAUAGUGUGCUAGGAGAGUCAGCUUUAUAUUUCUGGGUGACACUGAAAACUAUCAAAAUCUUCAUUUCUAUGCAAACAUUCCUAUAUGGAGGGAUUGGCUUCAAAAAGCUUAUUGGUAGAUUGCCCAGUGGUUUAAAUAAGUAGUCAUGUAACAUUGAAACAAUUUAUAAAUCCUAACUACUUGUUUCUUUUCCAUAUUUAUAUAAAUAUGUGAGUGAGUUUGCUUUGGAUCUAUAAAGUUACUUCAUGCAUUUGAUCCUCUUUAAUAACCUUCCCAGUUGGCUGAUACACAACUCCACUGGAAAAAUUAUUUCUUUUACCUCUCGUAUGCAGAAUGCUUUGGUAACUUUUGUUGGUAGUGAUAAUGUGAUAUGGCAGUACUUAUAAAACCAGAAUACUGGAAAUGCUCAGCAGAUCAAGCAGCAUCUCUGGAGAACAAAACAGUAUUCAUUUCAAGUCUAUUCCCUUUCAUCCAAACAUAAUUUUGUUAAUAGCUUUCUAACAGUUGACUGUGCAUAGUGAUGUUUUAUUUUAAACUGUUUUAGCAUUGAAGGGUGUUAAUUUCAUGGCAAGAGUUGGUGGAAAUUACUGAGAAAUUAUCUUGCACUUCACUAGAGCAGCCACAUACAUUUAUUGUCACUGCUUUUAAUCUCAUUGAUAUUAAAAGAAUAUAUUUUUGCUUAUGUUUCAAGGGAACAAAAAGCAAUUUUAUUUUCGCUUUUUAAACCACAUUUAUUGCAUUAGAAUUCUAUGUUGCUUAAACAUUUAUUUGCAUUGUUUACUACCUCAAUUUGUGCAAUUUGGCUGCUUCAUUAAGUUUAAGUGAUGAGACUUUAAAGUUGUGUUCAAUCACAGCAAAAAUACAUGCAUUUAAAGUUUAACAUGUAUA